CUGACGUGCACGUCUUCAGCUUGGCGUACAUGGCUAGGAACAUCGCAUAACAACACACACUUACUCGCUCUUGACGGGAAUAUGUAACGCGACGGCAGGAAACCGGGAAGGGAGCCUUGUUGUUCUGGCCUGGUUGUGGAUUUACUUUUCUACGCCACGGCUCUGGAUUAGCCGAGCUACUAGUCUCAUUUAGGGGUGAAAAAACACGGGCUGUAUGUUGAUAUGCACUGACAAAAGAUCUGCACUUCAGGAUUCAUCAUCACUGAGCCACAACCACAGUCAGACUUUGCCAUUUCUCAGUUUAAAAAAGCUGAGGGAAGGGGGUAAGAGAUUAAACCUACCAGCUUCUCUCUUCCAAUGUCCCAGAGACAGUAUGACUGCUCUCAGGGCACCAAACAGCUGAGUGUGGGCUCAGUUGUGUCCACUCCUGUCCCGGCAACCUGAAACCUUUUUCACAGACAUGAAGGAGGUAAGGCUCUGGACGUCCACCGAUGUCUCUGAUUGGCUGAAUGAGGAGGGCAUGCAAGAAUAUUCAGAUGCAUUGCAUAACAUGGAUGGCCCCGCCCUCUUGUGUCUCUCUGAAGAGGACUUCAAAGCCCCACCCUUGUCGUUGGUAACCGGGGACAGUGGUCGACAACUGUUAGAGCGAAUAGAGACUUUGCGCUUCACCAGCCAUAUGAAGGCGCACAAGAGCAACAACCAUGAAAAUGGUCUCCACGCAAAUGGACAUGCCGGCAUCACUCUUGCCAAUGGCAGUUUUAGCAAUGGAAAGAUCCUUAAUGGCGGACAUAAGAAUGGAUUCUGCACCGAGCCGGUUCGCAUCUUGAUUCCGUUGCCCUCUGAGCAGGAGCGCACACCGUUUCCCACAGAGUGGUUAAAAACAGGUGUGGCUUUCCUGUAUGCUCUGUGCUGCUUUUUCACAACAACAGUUGUGAUCUCAGUGGUGCACGAGCGUGUCCCCCCCAAAGAAGAGUCCCCGCCCCUGCCGGAUAAGUUCUUUGAUCUGUUUGAUCGUGUGCAGUGGGCGUUUUCCAUCUGUGAGAUCAAUGGAAUGCUGCUCGUGGGAAUGUGGUUUGCACAAUGGUGUCUGCUCAAGCACAGGUCCAUAAUUGGCCGACGGUUCUUUUUCAUCGUGGGCACUCUGUACCUAUACAGAUGUGUGACCAUGUAUGUAACGACAUUACCCGUGCCAGGCAUGCAUUUUAAGUGCUCUCCCAAGCUUUUUGGUGACUGGGAGGCCCAGAUGCGUCGGGUAAUGAAAAUGAUGGCAGGUGGUGGCCUGUCAAUCACUGGCUCUCACUCGUUGUGUGGAGAUUACCUGUACAGUGGACACACAGUGAUGCUGACGCUAACAUACCUCUUUAUUAAAGAGUAUUCUCCACGUAGGUUUUGGUGGUAUCACUGGUUCUGCUUGUUCCUAAGUGCAGUUGGUAUAUUCUGCAUACUGUUGGCUCAUGACCACUACACCAUUGAUGUGGUGGUGGCCUACUUCAUAACUACACGCCUCUUCUGGUGGUAUCAUACAAUGGCCAAUCAACAGGCUUUAAAGGAGAAUUCUGCUAGCAACCUGUUAUCUCGUGUCUGGUGGUUUGGUCCAUUCCAGUAUUUUGAGAGUAACAUCCGGGGCAUUGUGCCUCGAAACUACCAGCUGCCAUUCUUGUGGCAAACAUUGACGACCACCUGGGUUAAGUAUAGCAAGCUGGAAUCCCGUGAGUCUUGACCUGUGGCUCCCGAUUUGCUGAAGCUCUGUGAGACUCUAAGAAACUACUCUUCCCAUCAACCCCUGCAAAUCUGAUUGAGCACUGUGAUGUAGUGCUGCACGAUAAUGGUGAAAAUGAUAAUCACAAUUAUUAAUCACGAUUAUUCUGUUAUUUGAAAACGUAUAAUUACAGGGCUGCACAAUUUGAACAUAAAUAAAUACUGUUUCCACUGCUUAGAUCUUAAUUCUAAAGAACAAAACUAUACACUUACAUUAAACGGUAGCGCUCAUUUUAAACAAGCUGUUAGAACUGCAAACUAGUAAAUUAUUCCUUUUGACCAAAAUUGCGAUUUUCUUUACUGCUAAUAGAAACAGUUACUCGGGUGUAACACUUACAUCCUCUUUUAAGAUCCAUUCUUAAUAACAUUAUUUGUAUAUCCCCAUACCCUACAGUAAUAUAUAGGCUAUUUCUGUAAUAACUGAGCAUGAAGAAUUGCUAUACAGUCUCCAGUGUCUAUUUUGAAGGAAGCCUAAUUAUUUUAUCAAGCCUUUUAUUUUGAAUGACAGUGUAUUGUUUCUGUGUGUUACCAGCAGAGGCAUUUUGCACUCCUUGCACUCGUCUUUUCCUCGUGCCACACAAUCCAGGUGCAAUGGGGUUACUUUAGAUUUGUUACACACUUGUUAUGGUCAAAUAUAUUUGGAAUUAGGCAAAUGUGCUACUUGGGUAAAUGCGUUAAAAUAACCCGGUUAGCGGCAUGCACGAACCGAACUCUGACCACAGCUGUUAUGUAUAAAACAUUUAUUAUCACGAGAUGGAAUUAAUUUCAUGUGCAUCGAGUGUGUAACAGAACGCUGUAUUAUUAUUACCCGCCGCACAUAUGAGACUCCUAAACGUCUGGUGCGGUUGAGGUGAAAACAGACUAGGACACGAGUAUAGAAACUAGUGACUAUCUUUCAUCCAUAAACGCAGCCUAUGAUAAAAAUGAACAACAAUUUGCAACUUUACCUGGCUGACACCUUCUGUUAGCUAGCUCUCACAAUAAAGCAGAAUCAUCUGCGAUAUUAGUGAGGUAGAAAUCGUGAUCCGAAUUAAAAUAUGAAUAAUUGUGCAGCCCUACUGUGAUGCAUGAACACCUAUCAUUUUGUAGUAUUUGAAUAAUUUCAGUGACCCUAGAAGGUCUGUAUUUGUAGAGCAGAGUGUCUAACAACUGGAUUUGAUUUGCUGCUCUUAAGAAGUGAAAUAAUGCUGACAAGAUGAACUGUUUAAUCAGGUCUUCCUCUCAUAGAGAACGAAGACUUCCCACUGUCUUCUCAAUGGCUUUGGUCCAGCAAAUCAUGUAACUUAAAGUUUAUUUAUCUGCCAAAACUGUAUUGAAUAACCUGGAAAACAUAUUGUAAAAGAUUUUCUUUUUAAGAAGCAUUUUUGUAAAAAUGUUAUUAAUUCUGGUGCAAGAGAUUUUUCUAAAUAUUUCACAGUUUUAUUUUCCAAAAACUGUGACGUCCAAAUAGAAUAUCUUUUUUAGAUUUGUACCUUCCUAAAAUCUGAGGCACAUACAGCUUCAGAGUUUUUAGUGCCUUUGUUCCAUACACUCAUACACACAUAAAUAUCAACACCCAUACACAUGUAUUAUAUUCAUAUGCACACACCAAAACACCCACAUGUACAUGCUUUAUAUAAAUGUGUAUAUAUGUGUUAAAACACAAACCCAUAAAAACCGUUGUCUGUCUGAAUGUUGAAGAUUUGCUUCGCCUGCAAUCUAAGGCAGUAAGUUUUAUAGAUGAUUGUGGGAGUUCAGUUCUGCCUUACGUAGGCUAAUGUAUUAUUAUUACAAUCCUUCAAAUCAAAACCCUGAGCACACAUACACUUCAUUUCUUACGAGUGUUUUAAUUGGAUAAUGAUGCUUAAUUUUUUAGAUUUUAUUAUCAGUAUAAAGAAAUGUAUGUUUAAGCAACAGCCUGAUUUGACCUCAAAGUUUAAAUUUAUGCACCCCCAAAUGUUAUAUACUGAUGAUUUUUUUAAUGCUACCUUUACAAAACUGUCAUUACUCAAUCAUGAGGCCUGCUUGGGUGAAAAAAAUGCACAUAUGGAUGGCAGCAACAUGCCACAGUUAUAUUGUUAAGCAUUCAGUUUUUUUGGGAGAGCCGUGGAAAGCAGUGGUGGGUUAUUUAUAUUGGGAAAUCCAGAUUGUUCAAUUGUUAAUUUAGCUUUGGAUUAUGUUGUCAUGGCAUUUGAAAAGAAUUGACUGGAGUGUUGGCCUACCUAGUCUUUGAUAUGAUGACAGUAUAUACAUGCAUGUUGUUUAUUUUGUUUUCUUUUAAUUGUGAAUCACCAAUCCAGCAUUGUCAAUUUACUUAAUUAUUUGCUCUUUGUCUAAUGUAAACCAGGUUAUUUGUCUUAAAUCUCUAAGAUGAGAGAGUAGAUAUUGAAUAAAAUUUUUCAUGU